GAAAUUUGUAAUGGCGUCCCGUUACAACCAAACGAUGCUUCUUUGCUUAAUCGUUGCCGUUGGACUAUCGUCGGUUUUCGCACAGCAUGUCUUGGACACAGACAAAAUCGACUGUUAUCCUGAAAUUGGAAACCAAACUCUCUGCGAGGCUCGUGGGUGUACAUGGGAGGAAUCUCAAUCAAAGGGUGUUCCUUGGUGUUUUUUCCCCAAGUCAUAUUUAGGUGGAUAUAAGAUAGAUGGAGAGGUUCGAGAAACCCAGCUAGGAUACCGAGCCACCCUUAAUAGACACUCCAACACGACUAUCUAUGGGGACGACAUCGACGAGAUUGUCCUUGAUGUCGAGUUUCAAACAGACGACCGUGUUAGAUUUAAGCUCUACGACGCCAAGAAAAAAAGAUAUGAAGUACCAGUCCCUAUGCCAAUUGCGACAUCAAAGGCUUCUAAUGCAAAGUAUACUGUUGAGUUCGAGAAGGAUCCUUUCUCCCUGAAAAUACUGCGGAAAGACAACGAUGUCGUCAUAUGGGACUCGUCUGUGGGCGUGUUUAUAUUUGAGGACCAGUAUAUACAGAUCUCGAAUCAGCCCCCUUCUUUAUUCGUGUACGGUUUUGGUGAACAGGAACAUAAGUCAUUCAAACAUAACCUUUCAGCCUGGGAAGUUCUUCCUAUCUUCACAAGAGACCAGUUUCCAUUUGGUGGUGGAAAUUUAUAUGGCCACCAUCCUUUCUACACUUGUAUGGAAACCGAUGGCAAAUCUCACGGGGUUUUUCUAAUGAAUAGCAACGCGAUGGAUGUCACCCUACAGCCAAAACCAGCCAUAACAUAUCGCACAAUUGGAGGAAUUCUAGAUUUCUACAUAUUUCUUGGUCCUUCUCCCGAGGAUGUCAUAAAGCAAUAUACUGAGGCUAUAGGUCGUACAUUUUUGCCGCCAUAUUGGUCGCUUGGAUUUCAGCUUUCUCGUUGGGGAUAUAACAAGAUUGAGACGGUAAAGAAUCUGGUGGAGAACAUGACUGAACACGAUUUACCUCAGGAUGUGCAAUACGGCGACAUCGACUAUAUGAUCCGACAGAAAGACUUUACUUAUGAUCCAGUCAACUUCAAGGGCUUGCCUCAAUUGGUCCGCUCAAUCAAGAACGAUGGCUUGCGAUACAUUAUUAUCCUGGAUCCAGCUAUUGGAGCCAAUGACACCGACUAUCCUCCUUACGACCUGGGAAACGAACUGGAUGUGUUCAUCAAAGAUGGCGAUUCUGGAAAAAACCUGUACGGGAAGGUUUGGCCGACGUUUGAAAACAUCACAAUGAACGACAGCUUGUCUUGGGACGAAAAAACAAGGCUGUACAGACAAUUUGCUGCGUUUCCGGACUAUUUUCAUCCAAACAUCAGCAAAUACUGGAAGGAUCUCAUAAAAGACUUUCAUAAAAUCAUUGAAUUUGACGGAUUGUGGAUUGAUAUGAAUGAGCCGGCAAACUUUGUUGCUGGAAGAGUGGGUGGAUGCAGCAAAAACAAGUGGGACUAUCCUCCUUACAAACCAAGGAUUAUGGGAAACAUCAUGGCGGACAAGACUGUGUGCAUGAACGCAAAACAAUACAAUGAUUUACAUUAUAAUGUCCACAGCUUGUAUGGAUGGAGUCAGACAUUGGUUACCCUGGCUGCGGCGAGGGAAAGCACAGGAAAACGAAGUAUCGUGAUCUCGAGAUCAACUUUCGCCAGCAGUGGAAAAUAUGCCGGGCAUUGGCUUGGAGACAACAAGGCAUCAUGGGACCAGCUUCAUACAUCGAUUAUUGGAAUGUUAGAAUUCAACCUGUUCGGUAUUCCUUAUGUUGGGGCAGAUGUUUGCGGGUUCUUUGAUCACCCGACAAGUGAGAUGUGUCUUCGCUGGACUCAACUGGGAGCCUUUUACCCUUUCUUCAGAAACCACAAUGGCUAUGGAAACAAGGCUCAAGAUCCAACAGCAUUUGGUGAAGAAUUUGCAAGAAACGCUCGUAUAGUUCUCCGCACACGUUACAAAUUAUUGCCGUUCUUGUAUACACUGUUCUAUGAAGCGCACAUGGACGGCUCCACUGUAGUGCGGCCUGUUAUGCACGAGUUCGCAGGAGACAAAGAAACUUGGGGAAUUGACCGACAAUUUUUGUGGGGACCAUCGCUACUUAUAUCACCUGUUUUAGAUGAGGGUAGGACCGCAGUUAAUGCAUAUUUUCCUGACGAUCGAUGGUAUGACUUCUACACAGGCAAGGAGAUGAGUAGCCGUAAAAGUCACUUGGCUUUAGAUGCCCCACUUGAUCACAUUCCUCUUCAUGUUCGAGGCGGCCACAUUAUCCCAACCCAGGAACCAGCCAUUAACACGGCUUUAAGUCGUCAAAACCCAUUGGGCCUGAUUGUAGCGUUGGGAGACGAUGGAAAAGCUACAGGACAGCUCUUCUGGGACGAUGGAGAAGCCAUCGACACCGUGAAAAAUAAUCAAUACCUGCUGAUAAAGUUCUCAGGCCAAGAGUCUGGGAUAAAAUUCUCUGUUGAGAAGAAUGGUUUCGCCGCACCAGACCUUCCUAAAUGGGGCUCAGUAGACGUGUACGGACUCUCUUCGGGUAUUUUUGUCUCACUCAGCGUCAACGGGAGGGGCAUGUCAGAGAAAGCAACCUACGACAAUAACAAAAAGGUCUUGAAAAUCACUGGUCUGUCACUCGACAUCAAUAUGGACCAUUUUAUUGAAUGGGAAUUCGAGCCUAACCCUAAAGCAGCUGAAAGCAAAAUUCAGCCCCGUAUUACUGCAGUAGUUAUUCUUUUGUUGGCUGCGGUUAUAAGCUGCAAUUAUUGAACAGACGUUCAUGAUGCUCUGAGCUGGUCCAUUAAGUACAUUGUGUAGCCACACAGAAUUUGAUCCCAUGUGCCUCUGGAUAGUUCCUAUAUCCUAAAUAGAAAAUGCAUGAGACUGCAUGCGUGACAACUAAGUUGGUUAGUUUACUGCGGAGUGAUACAUGUCAUACAUUUAUAUUGUGUAACGAUUGGUCAAAUAGAAAAACA